GGGGAACCACGGUACCGCGGCGCUUUGUUGCACCCGGACAGCACAGAGGGACGGACCAUGGACCGUGAUGGGGUAAACAACGUGAGAGCCGCCGCCAGAAGGAGCAAAGAAGACAAGAAAGUGCUGAAAAAACAGCUGAAGGCCAGCCACACUUUACUGAAGCAUGAAGGCGUCAACACGAGCCCGCAUCCCUCCAGGAGUUUGGUGGUGGCCAACGGAGGCCUGGGGAACGCCGUCAGUCGUGAGGAUCUCUCUGCUGCUCUAAAACAGUUUGGAGACUUGGAAAGUCUGCUCAUGCCUCCUCAGAAGCCCUACGCCUUCGCCACGUACAGGUCUGAAGAUGGCGCUCGGAAAGCUCACGCCCAGCUUAACGGGCAGAAGCUGGAGUCUGGGGGGAACGCCGUCACUCUCUACCUCAGCUACGUUGACUCAGUGAAGAACGAAGGGGAAGCGUCGGUCCGUUUUCCCGAAGGGUUAACCCUGCUGGAGGAUUUUGUGUCACCAGAGGAAGAAGCGCUGCUCCUCGCUGCUGUGGAUUGGUCAAUUUCUACUGAAGCUCAGAAGGCUUUGAAGCACAGGAAAGUGAAACAUUACGGCUUUGAGUUUCGCUACGACAACAACAACGUGGACAAGGACAAGCCACUUCCUGCAGGUCUUCCUCAGGAGUGUCUGGCCGUGUUGCAGCGAUGUCUGCAGGACGGCCUCAUCAGCGUCCUGCCUGACCAGCUGACCGUUAACCAGUACGAAGCCGGACAGGGCAUCCCUCCUCAUGUUGACACUCACUCUGCCUUUGAGGACACCAUCCUGUCACUCAGUCUUGGGGCAAAGGCGGUGAUGGAGUUUCGGCACCCGGACGGCCGAGCUGUUCCCGUGGUGUUGCCUGAACGGAGCCUGUUGGUGAUGAAGGGGGAGAGCAGAUACCUCUGGACUCACGGGAUCACCCCUCGGAAGUUUGACCUGGUGCCAGCCUGUGAGCCUCGUUCCGCCGCUCCAGAGCCGGACGUCUCUUCCCACAGCGGGCUCACUUUGAGCAAGAGGGGCACCCGCACCUCCUUUACUUUCCGCAAAAUCAGACACCAACCCUGCUGCUGUGCCUUCCCCUCUGCCUGCGACAGUCAGGGAGGAAAUGCCUCCUGCCGGCCAUCCCCGCCCUCGCUUCCCUGCUGCCGCGGCGACGCGGCCCGCCUGGAGGAGGAGUACGUGCACCGGGUGUACGACGCCAUCGCCGCUCACUUCAGCAGCACCCGCCACACUCCGUGGCCCCGCGUCUGCCGCUUCCUGUCCUCGCUCCCGCCUGGAAGCGUCCUGGCCGACGUGGGGUGCGGGAACGGGAAGUACCUGGGAGUCAACCCGCAGCUGGUCACGGUGGGAUGUGAUCGCAGCGGCGCUCUGGUCCAGAUCUGCGCCGACAGGGGAUUCCACGCGUUCGUGUCCGACGCUCUUAGCGUCCCCCUUCGAACGGCCUCAUGUGACGCCUGCAUCUCCAUCGCUGUCAUACACCAUUUUUCCACGCAGGAGCGUCGGCUGGCAGCGGUGAGGGAGCUGGUGAGACUUCUGAAGCCCGGAGGCCUGGCGCUCAUCUACGUUUGGGCUUAUGAGCAAGAGUACAACAAGCAGAAGUCUAAGUACCUUAAAGACCACAGCAAACAACAUAAUGGAGAGAAAAGCACAGGCGUACCAGAGGAGAGCCGAGAACCGCAUGCAGAGCCCAACGUCCUCACCAGCAGCCGUUUAGAAAGCAAACAUUGUGGAGACUUAAAAGACGAAGGCAAGCUCAGUGUUCACACCAACCGUACAGCCUUUAAUUCCCAGGACCUUUUGGUUCCCUGGCACCUGAAAGGGAGGAAGACACAAGGAGAUGAAGAAUCAUCCUGCAGGUUCAGUUCCAGAGGGGAGCCCAGUCCAGGUUCGGACUCCAGCACGUCUUCUGACAGCAGAACCAGCCCAGACUCUAAACCCAGUCCUACUGCCGACGCAAAUCAGGUUCCCGGUGGCAGUGCGGCGCCCGUCUUUCAUCGGUAUUACCACGUCUUCCAGCAGGGGGAGCUGGAGGAGCUCUGCUGUGGGGUGAACGGAGUCAGGGUGCAGACCAGCUACCAUGACCAAGGGAACUGGUGUGUUGUAUUACAGAAGGAGUAACAGUUUAAAGUAAUGUUUAUGCUGAUGCACAGUUUUAACAGUGAAAUAAAUGUUAAGAUCGUACUCAA